AAAGUUUGUGAUGAUAGUGAGGAUAGCAAGGUUGGUUCAGUUUCCAGCAAUAGCAACCUUGUAUAGGAUGCUGUGGGGGAAUGCUAAUUUGGUCUUGUUCUUGAAACACAAAGCAUGACUUCGAAGCGGCCCAUCCCGAUCGCCGUUGAAGCCCUUCAUUUAAACGGCGAUCGAAUCGGCGAUCGCGGAGGCCAUGGCGGCGGCGCUUCUUCUCUCCGGUACCAGAAGGCUUCAUGCUGUUCUAGUGCGUUGGAAUCCUUUCGUUAAUCUUCCUCUCUCAAAUGGAUCCUUCUCCUCCCUCCCCGACGGCAGAAUUUCCACAGCUACCGCCGCCUCGGCUUUCCCCUUCCUCAAUUGCCGUCGCCGGAAGAAGCUUCGAAAGAAGAUGAAGAGCCCCCGUGUCGCCCCCAUACAGAAGGAUGCCGGUCUCAUCAUCCCUGCCUUAGAAUCGAUCGUCCUUCGCGACUCCUUCCUCCGCUUCAUAACCCGCACAAAGUGCUACCUUUCUCGGCUGCCAUGCCAUCGCAUCCCCCUCGCCGACGCCGAUAAGCUCUAUCGCGAGCUAGGGUUUUCUCGAGGUCGCAAAGUCUCCCGCUUUGCUGCCAAACACCCUCUCCUCCUCCACAUGCCCCGCCUCCCGCCUGACUCCAAACCCUACCUCGCCUUCACGCCGCUCAUGGAUUCCCUCCUCGACGAGGAGCGCAAAAUCAUGGAUGAUAUGGAGGCCGCUCGUGUCACCACUGUACGCAAGCUCCUCAUGCUAUCGGCUGGCCGCCGCAUUCCUCUGGAUAAACUCCAUCUCUGUCGCCUCCUCUUCGGCCUCCCCUAUGACUUUCGCGAUCGCAUCCGCAAGUAUCCAGAGUACUUCCGGGUCGCCGUUGAUCCGAGCGAUGGACGCAAUGUUCUCGAGCUCGUUGAAUGGGACCCGGUUCUCGCCGUCAGUGCCCUCGAGAGGGACUUCGUUCCUGACGAAGCCAGGGUUCGUAGGACAUUUAAAUUCCCCAUCCGCCAUGGAAAGGCGUUACCUUUGGAGGAGGAGGACAAGUGGAUGCUAGAUUCUGUUACCACUCUUCCUUUGGUGUCGCCUUAUUCUGAUGGUUCAGCAUUGCAGCCAUGGACAGUGGAGGCCGAGAAGUAUCAAGUUGGUGUGAUUCAUGAAUUUUUGAGCCUGACGUUGGAGAAGAGGGCUUGGAUCCAUCAUAUUGUUGAAUUCAAGGAGGAGUUCAACCUCACCAAGCUUAUUUACCAUAUGUUACUGAAGCAAUCUCGAGCAUUUUAUCUUGCUGGCACCGAGAUGAAUUGGGCUGUGUUUCUAAAGGAUGCAUAUAGGAAGGAUGGGACUUUGAUUGAGAAGGAUCCACAAGUCUUGUUCAAUGAAAAGUUGCAGAGUUAUGCCUUACCAGAUUCAGAAUACAGAGAGCAGAAGGUUGAACAAAGAAUUGCCCGCUGAUUGAGGAUAAGGAAAAACAAGCUUUCUUAACAUUAUCAGUUUUCAGUUUUGUUUCUGAAACAUUCAUUUAUUGACAAUGAAUCAUGGAAUGAUAGCAAAGUUUGUGAUGAUAGUGAGGAUAGCAAGGUUGGUUCAGUUUGCUGCAAUAGCAACCUUGUAUAGGAUGCUGUAGGGGAAUGCUAGCUUGGCUUUGUUCUUGGAACGACAAAGAAGCACUGAUCAAUCUCCAAAGCUCGAGUGGUGAUAAACAACCUUCCACAGAUGAUGAGACUGUAUAUCUGAAUUUGUAUGUUAAACUUGUUCAUCAGUACUGAUCUCAAGUGUGUUUUGAGAUGUCUCUUCCUGAAAGCCUGUGAAACGCUCAACUAUUCAUCGAAUCUUGUGACGAUCAACUUAAAGGUCAUCAAGAGAUGAAGAAAUGAUCAAGAGACGUGGUCAAAUUCGGGAGAUAAAACGAAGCUAUCCAUGUCUGGAUGUUAGAUAGUAGAAUCACAUGCUUAUUUAAUGACAAUUUAGACGUAUAGAAUGAACAAGGUUCACUAUGAUGUAUACUGUUAGAUUCAGGGAUUAGGUAAGUCAAGUAUAAUUCUUUUCUUUUUUUUAAUAAUCCGUGUUUAGGCCUUAACGAAUCUUGAAGGAGAUAUAAUUCUUUUCUAAA